AUGGAAGGGGAUCUGAUUGAUAAGCUCAAUUCUUUUGAGCUUUCUGAGAAAGUGGAUAAAGGGGUGAGUCUAUUGGACCUAGAUAUUGCCCCUACUCUUCAAGAAUGUAAGCUUAGUCUCAUUGGUAAGGUUUAUGGAAAGAAGAAGAUAAACUUCACUGGUCUGAAAGCAACUCUUGGUAGCAUUUGGAUGACCAAAUCUCCAUUUUCCAUGAAGUGUAUUGGGCAUAACCUUUUCCAUUUUCUUUCUAAAUCAGAGGAGGAUCUAGAUAAAAUCCUUAACGGUAAAACUUGGUCUUUCGAUAGUCAGUACAUUCUCUUUAAGAAAUGGUCUCCUGGGUUUUUAGAUGUGCUUGUCCCUGCAGCUGGUAGUUGGGAUGGGCAACUGGUUAAGAUCCUUGUGGAGAUGAAUUUAAAUGAACCUAUCCCUAGGGGAGCCAAUGUUAAAUUAGGGCAAGAUUGCAAAUGGGUUGAUUUCAGGUAUGAACAUUUGCAAACCUUUUGCUAUUACUGUGGGAAGAUAGGGCAUAAUGAUAGGGGUUGCUCUUCUAAAAAAGAAGACAUCAAUAGAGGGAUUGUUAAACAUUGCCAAUAUGGGGACUGGCUUAAGGCAACCCUUAUUAGCUUCCUAGAAUCUAAGAGCAUUAACUCCUCAACUAGGGGUAGUACUCAAGAUAAGAGUGGUGGGGGAGAAUCUGUUAGAUCUCAGCCUCAAGGUAGUGGGUUGGGGAAUGUGGGUAGUAACCAAGGGACAACAUUAAAUAUUCCCGAUAAAGGAAUGAUGAUUCUAAGGCCCGAAGUUCCUGAGGAAAACCUAAGAUCGGAGGGAUCCAAUGGUAAGGGGAUUGAAGUUAGAAGUAUAGGGGAGAAAGUGGUGAGUGAGGAGGAUCUCAAUGAAUCCCAACUCAUGGACAUCACUGUCCAGUCAACCACUAUAGAUGGUAGGGUUCUCCAGAGAAAAAAAAAACCCUUUGUCAGAAAACCUAGAGUUCAGACCAACAGAGGCAAGGAGGCUUUGGGAUCUGCCAAGAGAGAGUUGUUGGGGUUAUUAUAG